AUGGACUGGGUUCGAGGAGAGUCAAUCGGCAGUGGAACCUUCGCCACCGUCAACAUCGCCGUGCCCACAAACGGCUCCACUCAGUUCUCUUCUCUCACCGCCGUCAAAUCCUCUGAUUCCCACAACGCGGGUUUGCUGAAAAAGGAGAAGGAGGUCCUCGAUCGUCUUGGCUCUUCCCCUUACAUCAUCAACUGUUUUGGUCACGAUCACACCGUUGAAAACGGCAACGAGUUCUACAACGUGUUCCUAGAAUACGCCGCCGGAGGUUCCCUCGCCAACCAGGUCAGAAAACACGGCGGAAGGCUCCCGGAGCCUUUCGCGCGGCGAUGCACGAGGUCCGUCGCGGAAGGGCUCAAACAUAUUCACAACCGCGGUUUCGUUCACUGUGACGUGAAGCUUCAAAACGUUCUCGUCUUCGAUAACGGCGAGGUGAAAAUCGCGGACUUCGGGCUCGCGAAGGAGAAGGGGGAGAAACAGGGGAAGUACGAAUGCAGGGGAACGCCGUUGUUUAUGUCGCCGGAAUCGGUGAUCGCCAAUGAGUAUGAGUCGCCGGCGGAUAUUUGGGCUUUGGGCUGCGCCGUCGUGGAGAUGGUGACCGGAAAGCCUGCAUGGGAUGUUCGCAACGGGUCGAAUAUUUGGUCGUUAUUGAUGCGUAUUGGAGUGGGAGAAGAAUUGCCGAAGAUUCCAGAAGAAUUUUCGGAAGAGGGGAAGGACUUUUUGAGAAAGUGUUUUGUUAAGGAUCCCACAAAGAGGUGGAGCGCUGAGAUGCUUUUGAAGCACCCUUUCAUCAACGUUGACACUUCUUCGUUCGAGAAAGUUAAUGAGCCGUUACAGUCGCCGUCACCGAGGACCCACUUCGAUUUCCAUCACUGGGCUUCCCCUUCCACCGUAACGGCUUCGCUCCCGUCUUCCCUGCACGGCGCCUGGUGUGAGUGGAGUUCUAGGUCAUCUUGUUCGCCGGAGAGUCGGCUCCAGCAACUUGUCACCAAUGAGAGGCCGGAGAAUUGGUCAGAAUCGGAUGGCUGGACGUGCGUUAGGUGA